GCCUUCCCGGCCGACCAGCAAACGGCACAGCGAGCCAUGGCGGGAGGCCGUGCGGCACGGCGGCCGCUGCACUCGGCGCAGGCCGUGGACGUGGCCUCGGUCUCCAGUUUCCGAGCCUUCGAGAUUCUGCACCUGCACCUGGACCUGCGUGUCGAGUUCGGGCCCCCGGGCCCGGGCCCAGGGAGCCGUGCGCUCAGCGGCACGGCCACCUACCAGCUGCGCUGCCUGCUGCCCGAGGGCGCUUCGGAGCUGCGGCUCGACUCGCACCCGUGCCUCGAGGUGACGGCGGCGGUGCUGCAGCGGGAGCGCCCGGGUUCGGAGGAGGAGCCGCCCGCCGAGCCCGUGUCCUUCCACACGCAGCCCUUCUCGCACUAUGGCCAGGCCUUGUGCGUCGUCUUCCCGCAGCCCUGCCGGACUUCCGAGCGCCUGCAACUGCGGCUCACCUUCCGCGUUGGGGAAGGGCCCGGGGUGUGCUGGCUGACUCCCGAACAGACAGCAGGAAAGAAGAAGCCGUUUGUCUACACUCAGGGCCAGGCCGUGCUCAACCGGUCCUUCUUCCCGUGUUUUGACACACCUGCGGUCAAGUACAAAUAUUCAGCUCUUGUGGAGGUCCCAGAUGGCUUCACAGCUGUGAUGAGCGCUGACACCUGGGAGAAGAGAGGCCCCAAGCAGUUCUUCUUCCAGAUGAACCACCCCAUCCCCUCCUACCUGAUUGCCUUGGCUAUUGGAGAUCUGGAUUCUGCUGAAGUUGGACCCAGGAGCCGGGUAUGGGCCGAGCCCUGUCUCCUAGAAGCUGCCAAGAAGGAAUAUGACGGCGUAGUCGAAGACUUUUUGGCAACAGGGGAGCAGCUCUUUGGACCCUACUUGUGGGGAAGGUACGACUUGCUCUUCAUGCCACCAUCCUUUCCGUUUGGAGGGAUGGAGAACCCGUGUCUGACUUUCGUCACCCCCUGCCUACUGGCAGGGGACGGCUCCCUGGCCCAUGUUAUCAUCCAUGAGAUCUCACACAGCUGGUUUGGGAACCUCGUCACCAAUGCCAACUGGAGUGAGUUCUGGCUCAACGAAGGCUUCACCAUGUACGCCCAGAGGAGGAUUGCCACCAUCCUGUACGGGGCUGAUAACUCCUGCUUGGAAGCUGCCACAGGUCGAGCUCUGCUGCGGCAGCACAUGGACCUCACGGGAGAAGAGAACCCACUGAAUAAGCUCCGAGUGAAGAUCGAGCCAGGUGUGGACCCAGAUGAUACCUACAAUGAGACGCCCUAUGAGAAAGGUUUCUGCUUUGUCUCAUACCUGGCCUACCUGGUGGGUGAUCAGGAUCGGUUUGACCAGUUUCUCAAGGCCUACGUGGAUGAGUACAAGUUCCAAAGCAUCUUAGCCGAUGACUUCCUGGAGUUCUACUUGGAGUAUUUCCCUGAGCUGAAGGAGAAGAGAGUGGACUGCAUUCCAGGAUUCGAGUUUGAUCGUUGGCUGAACACGCCUGGCUGGCCCCCCUACCUCCCAGACCUCUCUCCAGGGGAGUCUCUCAUGAAGCCUGCUGAGGAGCUGGCCCAGCUAUGGGCCAAUGAGCAGCUGGAUAUGCAGGCCAUCACAGCUGUGGCCGUGUCAGCCUGGGAGACCUACCAGCUGGUCUACUUCCUGGACCAGAUCCUCCAGAGGUCGCCUCUCCCUACCGGGAAUGUGAAAAAACUUGGGGAGAUGUACCCUAAGAUCUCCAAUGGCCAGAAUGCGGAAUUGCGGCUGCGUUGGGGCCAGAUCGUCCUUAAAAAUGACCACCAGGAGGACUUCUGGAAGGUGAAGGAAUUCCUGCAGAGCCAGGGGAAGCAGAAGUAUACCCUCCCGCUAUACCAUGCCAUGAUGGGCGGCAGCGAGGCGGCCAGGACCCUCGCCCAAGAGACCUUUGCAGCCACUGCUUUGCAGCUCCACAGCAAUGUGGCCCACUACGUCCAGCAGAUCCUGGCACCGAAGAGCAGCUAGAGGAUGGGCAGGCAUAGUGUUCUGCCCCCACCUCUCACUCCAUCGUGGGCUUUCUAAUUAACUGCCCAGAUCUGCCAGUGUGGUUCGACCCCUGGGAGGACCUCCCUGGCACAUGCAGCCCCAAGCUGUGAUCCACGUCCUGCUCAGUAUAGCUGUGGACAUGCGCUCAGAAGCAAGAGGGGACUUUUCCUACUCCCCCCUCCCUUUUUUUUUGCAGAUUCUUCAAAUAUAAUACAGAAGAUUCACAUGCUAGUAUCAUUUAAAUGUUUUUAAAGCUUAAAAAUAAAAACAACUGAGUUGGAGCUGGA